AUGAGUGAUGAAUCUAGUACUAGAAGAUCCAAGCGGCUGAAGACAGGUCCGUCGCCUACAUCUUCGAGCGCCAGCUCUACAUCGGUCAGCCCUAUGGGCCCAUUUUCGUCGGGGCGUACUCUGAGGUCAUCUCGGUUAAGUCCCAAUAGACAUAGUGCAUUGGGGAGCCCCAUGAUGACUGCAGAAGAGAUUGCCCAACAGGAGUCGUUGAUGCCUCGCGAGCCACCUUCGCCUAUACUCAUUGGUAAGAAUGUCAAGGACGGGAAGUUUGUGGUCACGGCGUUUACAAGGAAAGACACCAUCAACGCGUGUAUGUACUUGAAGUACUACGGUUUAAGGAAGUUCUGGACGGCAUAUUUCCCACCAGAGAUUAAUUCAUUGCAUUUAUACUACAUGAUCCGUCUCUUGGGUUUCCAACUAAAGGACAGAGAAGUGCUGAACCACAUAUCCAAGAAUGUAGAGGAAUGGAAAGCUAACAAGAAAUAUACCAUUUCAUAUGCAGACAUGAAUGAUCCUCUCGACAAGAAGUUCACCAUUCGUCUAUUGAGAAACCUAUACAAAGCUAUCAACAAGGUACUCUCUACUCGUCUGAGACUAAUGAACUUUUUCACCAUCGAUCACUUAGUUGAAAGACUUGAAAAGGCUAAGAGAAUAGUCGUCCUAACUGGUGCAGGUAUCUCUACAUCCUUGGGUAUUCCAGAUUUCAGAUCCUCUGAGGGUUUCUACACCAAAAUUAAGUAUUUAGGUCUAGAAGAUCCACAAGAUGUUUUCAACUAUGAGAUUUUCUUGAGAGAUCCGUCCGUCUUCUAUAACAUUGCCAACAUGGUUUUGCCUCCAGAGAAUAUAUACUCUCCAUUGCAUAGUUUCAUAAAGCUUCUCCAGGACAAACGGAAGCUACUUAGAAACUACUCACAAAACAUUGAUAACUUGGAAUCAUAUGCAGGUAUCGAAGUGUCCAAGUUAAUCCAAUGCCACGGUUCUUUCGCCACCGCAUCAUGUGUGACUUGUAAAUGGUCCUUACCUGGUGAAAAGAUAUUUAAAAAUAUAAGAAAUUUUGAAAUUCCUUUGUGCCCCCAUUGCUACAAGAAGAGAACGAAGUACCUAGAACUUUAUGAAAGAGAGCUCGAUGGCGAAGAACAUAUUCCCGAAUGGUUCGAUCAGGUUGAUAAGGACACCAUCAAAUCAUUUGGUGUUAUUAAACCAGAUAUCACAUUCUUCGGUGAACCCUUACCAUCGAGAUUCCACAAGACUGUCAAAGAGGAUAUUUUCCGCUGUGACUUACUAUUAUGCAUCGGUACAAGUUUGAAAGUAGCCCCAGUAUCUGAAAUAGUCAACAUGCUACCUGCUCAUGUUCCACAAGUGCUAAUUAACCGUGAUCCUGUUAGACAUGCAGAAUUUGAUAUCUCAUUAUUAGGAUAUUGUGAUGAUAUUGCCACAAUGAUUGCACAGAAAUGUGGAUGGAAGAUACCACACCAAAAAUGGGAUAAAGAACUUACCAACAAGAAGUUUGAAAUAAAGGAAUCUGCAGUUAGUGUAUACUCAGUUGUUUCUGCUGAUUAA